UCGUACUGGCGCCUCACUCCCGCUGCUGACAGGAGAAGUAACAUGUACAGAGGAUAUCGCGCUGGAGCCUGACUCCCGUUGCGGACAGGGGGAGUAACAUUUACAGAGGGAGGCGGCGGAAGUGGGUGAGCGCGGAGCAGAGGCUCGUGCUGCGCGGGGGGAGGAAGGGCCGCUGGGCUCGAAUCAAGAGUCAAGGCCAGAGCCUCGAGUCGAUGCGAUCAUUCCGAUUGCGCUCGUCGACUCCAUCAUUGUAACGACUCGGGUCCGUCAUUCUGGGCCACUUGUCGCACCUCCGAGUCUCAGAUCCGUGUGAGCGCUCCUGGCGGUGGACGGUGGUCCUCGGAAUUGCAUCGGCUGCAUUGCGAGCAGGGCUGGGCAGUGCAGCACGUGCGGGGAAUCGAAGAAGAAGGUCAGGACGAACGAGGUCGAAGACUUUUGGGAGUCGGUGCUCGGACAGAGAUCAUUGGGACCCAGAGGGAGCGUAGGGCUCGUGUUUUGUUCAGGGUUUAAUCGUCUCCCGGGAGAGCUGGAUCUAUCAGUCGUCUGAGAGGAGCUCGCUUGCGAUUCGGUCGUGGACGCCUUUGCGGCAGGAGUGUGGGAAUUUUGCGCAUAGAGAAUUUGGUUGGUCGGGGGAAAUGGGGAUCGAGGGGAAUGACUGGGUGCUGAUGAAAACGGCCAGGGCGCCCAGCAACAUUGCUGUGAUUAAGUAUUGGGGCAAGCGCGAUGAGAACCUGAUUCUGCCCAUCAAUUCCAGCAUCAGUGUGACAUUGGAUUAUCUGUUUGCCACCACUACGGUCGCCGUCAGUCCUUCCUUCACCUCCGAUCGUCUCUGGCUCAAUGGCAAGGAAGUUUCAAUGGAAAGCAAGAGAUACAAAAAUUGUCUGCAACAGAUCCGUUCUAGAGCAACUGAUGUUGUUGACGAAAAGACUGGAUUGGUCGUGAAGAAAGAGUCCUGGAAAGAUUUGUACGUCCACGUUGCUUCCAAGAAUAAUUUCCCCACGGCUGCAGGACUUGCCUCUUCUGCUGCUGGCUUUGCUUGUCUAGUUUACGCCCUUGCCCAUUUGAUGGGAGCCAAGGAAAGUUAUGAAGGAGAAUUUUCCACUAUUGCCCGUCUUGGAUCGGGUAGCGCUUGUCGAAGUCUAUAUGGUGGUUUUGUCAAGUGGAACAUGGGAAAGGAGGACGAUGGGAGUGAUAGUAUUGCGACUCAGAUCGUCAAGAAGGACCACUGGAAGGAUCUUGUCAUCAUUAUUGCAGUGGUAAGUUCACGUCAAAAGGAAACUAGCAGUACUGCAGGUAUGCAGACGAGUGUUAAGACAAGUCCUCUUCUGCAACAUCGUGCACAGUCUGUGGUUCCCAAGCGAAUGGUGGAGAUGGAGGAGGCGAUUAUGAAACGCGACUUCGCAACAUUUGCGAAGCUGACGUGCGCAGAUAGCAAUCAGUUCCAUGCCACCUGUCUUGAUACAUCUCCUCCUAUCUUUUACAUGAACGAUACUUCUCGCAGACUCAUAGGUCUUGUGGAGAAGUGGAAUGCUAGUGAGGGAACCCCUCAGGCAGCGUACACUUUUGAUGCUGGUCCGAAUGCAGUUCUCUUCGCUCCUGAUGAUAAGGUUGCGAGGUCACUGCUGCAACGCAUACUCUACUUGUUCCCUCCUGCAUCUGAUGCCGACAUUUCAAGAUAUGUGGUUGGAGACCAGAGUAUUAUGGAACUUGCAGGAAUCAAGACCAUCGACGAUAUUGAAGCCCUCCCUACUCCAAGCGAGUGGUCCGGAAUUGACAUACCGAGAACGAAAGGAGAGCUUGGUUAUCUAAUCUGUUCAAGACCUGGACAAGGGGCAAUCGUGCUGGAGGACUCAGCAGCUCUUCUCGACGAUGCAACUGGAUUUCCAGGACAAUGAGUGUUAGAAAACAAACGGAACAGAUCCUGUCCCCAUUUUUGUUGUUUAGCAGUUGAAUUUCUACUGGUGAGGAGACUGUCCAACCUGAAUUGGCUCUUAUGGGCAAGGUUGAGCGAGGUCCAAACUCGUUUGCUGUAAAGUUGACGACAGCAGAAUGGUUUCAGACAACAACCAUCAAGAGUUCAUAGAUUAUGUGGAGCCUCAAAGCUCUUGUCACACAAUUUGUUCCAUGGCUUCGUGUAAUGUAAGAAAAAGAUCUUAUACAAAAUGUAAAGUUUCUUACAGAAAACUGCUAUUCACACUAAAUAGUGAGUCAGAAAGCUUCUUUGGGCUCCAGAUGAAGUUCAACUUUUGCUCGAGGCUUCCUCUCUU